AUGGGCUCACUCCCCGAUGCAUCCCACGCUGUGCGUGUCCUCGUUCUCGGCGGCUGCUAUGCAGGCCUGUCUGCUGCUGUCAAUCUGCUCGAUCUGAGCCAGGGAUACUCGCCCCGCAUGAGCUCCGAGCCUUACAUCCACCACCCCAACUUGCCUCACUUUGACAUUGAGAUUACCAUUGUCGAUGAACGAGAUGGCUACUACCACUUGAUCGGCUCGCCUCUGGCCCUGGCCGAUUCGGAGUACGCCAAGAAGAACUGGGUCAAGUUCUCGGACAUUCCUGGACUUGACUCCCCGAGCAUCAAGAUCAUCCAGGGCUCCGUCACCGACGUUGACCUUACCUCCAAGACUGCCACCGUCGCGGCCUACCUCACCCAGGAGAAGAGCACCCACCAGUAUGACUACCUUGUCUCUGCCACCGGCCUUCGACGUGUCUGGCCUGUUGUUCCUCAGUCCUUGACCCGCAAGCAGUACCUGCUCGAGGCUGAGAACCACAUCCAGGCUGUCAACCACGCCAAGGAUGGCGUUGUUGUCGUUGGUGGAGGUGCUGUCGGUAUUGAGAUGGCUGCCGAGCUCAAGAUGGUCAAGCCCCACGUCAAGGUGACCCUUGUCCACUCUCGAGACAAGCUUCUGUCCUCUGAGGAUCUCCCUGAUGAGACCAAGGACGUUGCUCUUGAGCUCCUUCUCGAGUCUGGCGUGGAGGUUCUCAUGAACCACCGCCUAGCUUCCACCAAGAAGAUUGAGACCCUUGACGGCAGCGACAAGCACGAGAUUGAGUUCACCAAUGGCCACAAGAUGUUUGCCAGCGAGGUCAUCAUGGCCAUCUCGAAGAGUGUCCCCACCUCCAAGUACCUGCCCGCCGCGGCUCUUGAUGAGGAGGGAUACGUCAAGAUCAAGCCCAACCUGCAAUUUGAGGAUGGAACUCCCAACAACGAGUACCACUUUGCAGCUGGCGACAUCGCCAAGUGGUCCGGUAUCAAGCGCUGCGGUGGUGCCAUGCACCACGGCCACUACACUGCGCAGAACAUCCACCAGCACCUCAUCAGCCACCGAACUGGCGAGGCUCCCAAGUACCAUGAGCUUAACCACUUCCCCCCCGUGAUCGGUCUUGCUGUCGGCAAGAAGGCCGUCGCCUCCAGUCCUGACUCUGGCACCAUCUCGGGCGAGGAUGUUGCUCAGGCCUACUUCAGGGAUGAUCUUGGCUGGACAAUUUGCUGGAAUUACAUGCAGCUCGGUGGGCGCAAGACUGAUGAGGCUAAGGUCUAG